CAUACCUCCAUAGCUUCAGGUCUUGAUCUGACGCAUCCUUCUUAGGUUGCUGGGUUCCUCGGUUCCUGGGCUCCGCUGUUGGUGUGGUGAUGUGUGUCCGAAGCUUGAUUUUCUCUGGCUUGAAGUUUUCCCUGAAGGCCUUAUCGUACAAUGUCGCUAACAUACAACAGCUCUACAGUUAGGGUUUUCCUGUUGUAGACGAAGCGUUCCCGCGCGUUUAAUUAAUUUAUGUAUUUAUAGCACCUUUACCUAUCAACGAGAAUUAAUCAAUGGCGACGAACCCUAGACAGGUGCCGAGCGCGGUGCUAGCACAGAGGCCGAUGUACCUGCUGCGGCAGGUGCUCAAGGACCUGUGCCUGCAGAACGGGUGGACGUACUCCGUCUUCUGGCGACUCAAACGCCGCGCGGUUCCGCGAACGUCGCAAACAAAUGUACCCAUAAGGGGAAACCGUGUGAUGAGACGCGAAGACGACGAUAACUGGGUGCUGAUGUGGGAGGACGGUUACUUAGUCCCUCAGGCCGUACUUAAGAAGCUGGAGGACCAGAUGGCGCGGUGGCGCAAUUCGUCCUCUAGUGCCGCCGGAGGCAGCAGCAGCGGCCACGCGGACGCUGUACCCGCUUUAGAGGAGCUGUGCUACGACUGGAAGCAGCUGCAUGCCACGUAUCUCAAGUUCUCCUACCAGAUCUACAACUAUGGCGAAGGGCUGGUGGGGUCGUGUGUGGCAGCCGAAGCAGCGGAGUGGGUGUACAGCCAUGCCAAGUACCACACCGAUGCACUCAACUGCGUGCAAAGCCAGCAUCCACCGGGCUGGGCGGAGCACUUCGCUUCUGGCAUCAAGACCAUCGCCAUAAUCCCAGUGCCUGGCGGUGCGGUUCAGCUCGGUUCUGUGCUCCUGAUCAAGGAGGACCCGAGCAUCUCACAGGGCCUUUGGAAGAAGUUCGAGCAGCUGCAGAAGAUUCCAGGAGUCUUCCUCCCGGAUUUCAUCCCAGAAACGUCCACCACCCCCGCCAGUAUCGCCAAGCCUCUCCCCAUGCCGCCCUCCCACCUGCCCAUCCCCCACCAUCCCGCCUCCCCUUCCUCCCCCGCUCCCUCAGCCUCCCCAUCCAACUCAAUUGCCUCCUCCCCCCAUCCCCCCUCGCGCCACCCCUCCUCUGCCGCCCACCCCCCCUCGUCUAGAUUGAGCCAGCGGUCUAGAGUGGGUCCACUUAGAUCUGAUCCGCCACGAUUUGAUUCUCCCAACCGAUCCACGCAACGAGCCUUGGCACAGCUGUCCAUCCUAGGCUCGCCGUCAGGUUCGGCAACCGUACCUGUCAUACCGCCUGCUGCUCCCGGACCUGCUGCAUCCGGGGGUGCUGCCGCACCUGUGAUGAGCUCUCUGGCACCAGCCAAUCGCAUGCUGACAUCUGGCGUCCGCUCACACUCUCUCUCAGCAGCAGAUGUGCUAGCAGUCUUGACACGGGGAGAUGGAGGGGGGACGGGAGGGGGAGGGGGAGGGGGAGGGGACAGGCGCACUGGCAACAUGAGCAGCAGUGGCAUGAUAAUGGGGUCGCCUGCUGGUUUCGGCCGGACGGCAUCGGCAGGAGGACUAGCCAGAGCAGCAGCGGGCAGAGCAGCUUUUUCGACUGCAGUCGUCCAGAGGGUCCUCCCCCUCGCCCUUUGGCCCGUCGCCCUACGGGUCCCCCCGCCACCGCCGCAGCAGCACCAGCCCCAACACCAGCGGGGCGUCCUCCCCCCGCUCCCGCAUGAGCUGGGGCAGUGGGGGGGAGAGCGGGGGGCCGCGGGCGGGGGAACGGGCGGGGGAACGGGCGGGGGAACGGGCGGGGGAGCGGGUGGCAGCAGCAUAGGGGGGAGCGGUGCUGGAGCAGGUGGUGCUGGUGGUGGAGCGAGGGAGAGGUUGAGUGGGGGUGGCGGCAGUGGGAGCCUGAAACGGCCGUUAGAGGAGGACAGCUGUGGGGCGGAGGAGAUGGAUUGUGGCAGGCUGAGUGGAGGGGGUGGUGCGGAGACAGCUGGGAGACGAGUGUGUGGCACAAGAGAGGGGGGCGCUAGAGAGGGGAGUGAGAGAGAGGCGAUGGCAGGGGAUGGUGCUGCCGCUAGUGGUGAUGGUGCUGCUGGUGCUGCUGGUGCUCCCGGUGCUGGUGCUGGUGCUGGUGUUACGAGACAGGGGUCUGCAGGGGCGGACGGGCAGGCACAGGGAGCAGCAGGAGAGGGGGAGAGCAGUGGUGGUGGGGCUGCCAGUGGGGGGGGAAGAUCAUCGGCACCAGUGUCAGCGCCGGGAAGCCAGGGCAGCUUUGGGUCGGGCGGGCUGCGUGAUCUAAAGCUGGCGUUUGCCCCGUUUCCCACGUCCGAGGAGGAGAGGCGGAAGGCGGAGGAGCAGUUCCGCAAGCUGGCACGGAAAGCAGAGUUCAAUGAACCCUCUGUGGCCGCUGCUGUCAAGCUCUCGAGAGCCUCCAUGAGCCGAGGGUCCUCAGGUGAUUUCUCAGGUGCUCCUUCAGGUGCUGGAGGUGGUGGGGCUGGUGGUGGGCUGGUGUCCCCAGGUGGGAGCGGGUCCAAGGGGACGGACUCCCCCCUAGCGCCCAUGGAGGUGACCAGCACAGGGGACAGGCUGGACGCGAUACUGUCCCCUGCGCUAUUGUCACCUGCAGUAAGAUCACCUUCGUUACAGUCACCUGCACUAGGUGGCGGGUCGGCGCCGCAGGGCCCUCUGAGGAAGCGGCUGGCCACACCGGAGCUGCACAGGCGGCUGAGCCGAGAGUCGUUUCCGGACUUCGAGCUGGAAGGAAAGCCCACUGCCACUGCUGCUGCUGCUGCUGCUGGUGAUGCUAGUGCUGCUGGUGCUGCUGGUGCUGCUGCUGGUGGUGCUGCUGCUGUUGGUGCUGGUGCUGGAAGCAGGCUCGGCACCACACCUGGGCUUAAUCGAAGCUCAUCGUUAGGUCCGGGAGUGAUGGCACGGCGACCAGAACCAUCAUCCGUUGCUGUUUCCAUGUCUGGAGGUCCGACAGCGAGUGCAGCAACGGGGGGAGCUUCAACCAGCCUCGGCAAGACCUCUAGCCUCGGCAAGACAGCUAGCUUUGGCCAGCCUAGCUCGUCUGCAGCAGGAGGUCCGGAAGGAGCUUUCGAGCCUGUUCCCGCGCCUUCGAAGGAGGCUAUGGCGCUGGCGAUCCUAGGGCAGAUGAUGGCCGGCGGCGAUCUAACGGCUCCGGAGGUGCAUGUGCUGGCGAACCAGAUCACCAAGAUGGCCCAGAAGGAAACGAAACAGGGCGCAGCUGGGGAAGGUGGAACUGGGGCGGGUGGAGCAGGGGGCGCAAGAGCAGCAGGAGAAGCAGCAGGAGCAGCAGCAGGAGGAGCAGGAGGAGAAGGGAAGAGGGGUGCUAGUGCUGGUGCGGGAGGCAGCAAUGGUGGUGGUGGAAGAGUGGGAAGCGGGGGGAGAGCCGGGGGAUUGGCGGGGUUGGGUGGGCUGGAGGGGGUGAUCAAGCUGCUGGGCAAGCAGGCGGGGGCGGCAGCACUGGCAGCGCGGCUCAGAAUAGAGCUGGAUGCGGGAGAGGGGGGUUCGAGUGAGGAAGGGGGAGGUGGGGGUAUGGCGGUCAGUGGUGCUGCUGCUGCUGGUGCUUCGAGUGGUGCUGGUGGUGCUGGUAGUGGUGCUGGUGGUGCUGGUAGUGGGGCGAUGAGUGUGGGUAUGGCGGCAAGUGCUGCUGCUGCACUGCCAAGAUCGAAAUCAGAUAUUUCCAUCGGUCACGACAGCGUUCAGCAGCAGCAGCAGCACGAGGGAGCACGGCCGGGAGAUCUGCCAGGGAUAGCACAGGCUGCACAGGGACAGCAGGCACAGAAGCAACAACAGAACACGCAAGGAGCUGCAACAGCAGCAGCAGCAGGAUCGUUUGCUGCUGCUUCCACAGUCCCUACAGCAGCAGCAGGAGCACAACCAGUUGUGGCACCGGCAGCAGCAAACCGACCGUCGAGAGUGAGUGAUCCUUCCGAAGCUGAGAGGCAGGUGCAGGCGCUGCUGCAGCGGAAGCUGAACGAGAUGGCAGCAGGCUCGGCGCAGGCUCGGAAAGUCUUGCUGGAUCGGCUCAGGGUUGAGGUGGCUGAGAGAAGAAAGGCGCUGGACUCGAAGAGAGGGGGGGGCGAUGUGGGGGAGGAUGAGGACGAGGACGAGGAGGAAGAAGAGGAGGAAGAUGAUAGUGAUGAUAGUGAUGGGGGUGGGUCGGAGGGGGUAGGGAGAAUGACAGGUGGUACAGGCAUGGCAGCAGGUGUGGGGGGAGGUGUGGGAAGAGGUGGGGGAGAAGGAAGGGGAGGGAGUUUGGCAGGAGGUAUUGGGAAUGAGGCAAGGCUAGGAGGAAUGGAAGGGACAGCAGGAAAGCCAGCAGGCAGCGGAGGUGGGAGAGGAGGGGUGUGGAAGGUGGAAGACAUGGGAGGGUGGGGUGCCGGGUCCGGUACAAGACAAAAUGGAGCUCAUAUGGGCGGCACUCAAUUGGGCAGCAUGUUGCCACCCACAGCUGAUGUGAAACCAGGUUCACAGCCACAUAGCCAUGGUAUAGGUCAUUCCACAUCAGCCUCACUGGCCAAUCAUGAGCAGACACCUGGCAGUGCCUGGAAUAGUGGUCUUGGGUCAACCAGUGCAUUAGGACUAGGAGGAGGCGGUGGGUUAAGUCGUGAAGGCUUCAUUGGUGGGGGAGGUGGCUUAGGAGGAGCAGGAGGAGAAGGAGGUGGGGGAGAAGCAGGGGGAGGGGGAGGGGGAGGGGGAGGGGUGCACAUGGAAGGAGGUAGAAUGCGAUUACAGAAAGAGGAUUUAGUGAUGCUGGAUGUGGGGGAUGUCGACAUGUGGGGCUCUGGGGGGGACUCCGCCCAACCAACGCCCAGUGCUGGUCUUGCCACCAUCCAGAGUGCUUUUUCUGAGAAGCAGGACCCGUCACACACUCACCAAGACACACUCUUUCUGGCAGAAGGGGAGCUGCCCCCCUGGCAGGCACAGCAGGAGCAGCUGCACCAGCUAGAUCAGCAGCAGCAGCAGGGGCAGGGGCAAGAAAGGGGGCUGGAGGAUUUCAGCAUGUUUCUAGAUGAUCUGGACUUGGGGGUGGAGCUGCCUCCGGACCUGCACUUUGCAUCGGCAUAGUAGGUACAUAGGAAACCACCGUUCUAGGCCUCCUAAAUGAUGCAUCUAUGGCCUGAAAUUUAGAGGCACAUGGCUGAAUAUUUAAGUAUUUCUGCAGGCUGACGCAUAGGUGGGAAGUGUGUGUUUGUGCCCACAUGGCGAGAGAAUACUGCACCAUUUGGUUUCCAGGAAAAGAGGAUCGAGUUAUCACAGCAC